GUGGUGAGUGCACCUCUUUCCGUCUCUAGAGUCGGACUUUUGAGCCAAGUGGUGGAUGAAAUUGUGUAUGUGUUAGUAUUAUUGUAUUUUUUUGUAUAUUUUUUCUGGAUCAAUAUACCUUGCAAGUUCUAUGUCUCGGUCAAAAAGCUUGUAUGAAGACGUCACAAAUGAGGAACCCACGCUGAAAGGGGAAGCAACGGAAUGGAAUGCAAUGGAAAGCAGUUGCUUUAUUUUAAUUCUGUGAGAUUUAGGAUUAUUAUUUUCACAGUUUUUUAUUUUUAAUCGCCUGUGCCAUGAGGAGAAGAUGGCUCAGUCGCAGCUUGUCGCUCUUCAUCCUCGCCCUCUUCGUAGUUCUCUACGCGGACUUUCAUUGGGACGCCCGCCGUCUCUCGGAACUGUUGCCGGAGGCUCGUCGUCGUCGCCCUCUGGCGCCCGAUGCCCACCGGCGGCCGCCCCCGGGAGCCUCCACCCCCGAGGCCCGGGCCCGGGUCACCACCGCCGGGCUGCGGCUGGAGGAGAUUUUCAUCGCGGUUAAGACCACCGGAAGGUUCCACGAGACGCGCCUCGCCCUCCUUUUGGAGACCUGGAUCUCCAAGACCAAGACGCACACAUUCAUUUUUACAGACACAGAAGACGAGCACCUGAAAGCCGAAGGCUUCAACAUGGUGAUGACGGGCUGCCAAUUGGACCACAGUCAGCAGGCUUUGGCGUGCAAGAUGGCCGCCGAGUACGACGCAUUUCUUGCGUCCAACAAGAGGUGGUUUUGUCACGUUGACGACGACAACUACGUGAACGGCGAGGCCCUCGUGGCCACGCUCGCUGCCUUUCCGCAAGAUGGCGACGUCUACGUGGGCAAGCCGAGCCUAGACAAGCCGAUCAUAGCGCACGAGCUCAUGGAGGGAAACACCACGAGGGAAGUGAAGUUCUGGUUUGCCACCGGAGGAGCAGGAUUUUGUUUGAGUCGACGUCUGGCUCGCAAGAUGUCACCCUGGGCCCGCGGCCCUCGCUUCCUAGAGACGUCGGCGAAAAUCCGCCUGCCCGACGAUUGCACGGUGGGCUUCAUCGUGGAGGAGCGUGUGGGAGUCUCAUUGGUCCACAGCCCCUUGUUCCACUCCCACUUGGAGAACCUCAUGCUGCUUCACCGUGCCAGCAUCCCGCAUCAGGUGACUCUGAGUUACGGCUUGUUAGAGGGCAAACUGAACCAUGUGGAGCUGAAAGGAAGUUUCUCCACAGAAGAAGAUCCAUCCAGGUCAGUUCAAGACCCUGCACUGCUUGCUGUACCCACUGACCAGAUGGUGUCCCUGAAGCACCUCGAAGAUGAGAUCAGAACCUCCGGAACGUUCUGAUGAUCGUCUGGUCUACGAACACCUUGACUUUUGUUUUAGUCACCAAAGAGACUCUGUUAAAUUGUAUAAAGAGUUUUUUAAAACAAAAUUUACAUUUAUAAAAAAUAAAUGCAUUGUAAUAUAGGUAACAUUUGGAGCAUUACU